GCAGAAGAAGAGAAUGACGCAUGCGCAUUUCACUUCGGGACGUGAUAUUUGAAAGUUGUUGGUAUUUUCCGAGUUGCAUGAUCAAUCUUUAAAAAAAAACAUCAGGCUCCUUCAACCAUGUCGUCCAGAUUAGGAGGUAUGUCCUCUCCCAUCUCCCCUGUCCUGUUCCUGACGGUAGACGGUGAACCCAUGCGAUUCUUCCUUCGUCCCGGCCCCACCAAGGUUUACCUGCAGCCCAUCAUCAAGGCAGGCGGAGGCCUGGUGUGCAGGGCCCAGGAGCCUGGGGCUUUCCUACUGAUAGACCCAGAGGAGAUGGGGUCCGUAACGGGUUCGGCAGCCCACUGGUACGUGUCCACCCAGUACAUCCGGGACUGUAUGGAGAAGAACCUGCAGCUGGAGGUGGAGGAUUAUCGCUUCAAGCCUGACAGCGUAACGGUGAACGUCCAGACCAGGUCGGCGAAACAGAGCGUAGGUAGCAGGGGACGUAUGGGCUACACUCUGGAGGAGGAUAAGGCCAUUAUGACGUACAUCUGUGAGCACAAGCGUGAGUCGCGAGGGAACAGGGUAUGGCAGGAGAUGGCGAAGAAGGGUCUGACCUGUCACAGCUGGCAGUCGAUGAAGGACCGCUACCUUAAACAGCUCAUUCACAGACAACCUGAGCCUCAGGACCGCAGGGGAAGGAAAACUGUCGCUACUGCUGCUGCUUCGGAGGAGAAAGGACGGAACUCGUCUGAGAAAGACAUCCCACCACAGACCUCUUCACUUCAGAAAGACUCUCCACAGCCUGAUAUUAUUAUGCCGUUGGCCCAAGAGUCAGACGCCUCAAAGACUUCCUCUGAAUCCGAACUCCCUCAGGCAUCAACAUCAGACACUGGUCUCCAACUCCCACAGAUGUCCCCUCAGAAAGACCAGGCUCAGUGCUGUCCUGAAGGACCGGGAACAGAGGAACCAACUGUGGAACCAGAGAGAGAUCCCUCGCCCCAGCUAGAGCCACCAGCCCAGUCUGACACCACAACACCCCAGCUGGUCCCUUCUAAGAGACUCCACCAGCCCUCUCCUCCUGGGGGCAAACGCACACAUUCCCAGACUGAGGAGGCAGCAGCUACCCCGUCACUUAAAAGAGCCAGGUUAAAUAGUGGAGCAGUGGCGGAGGUCCUGGAGAAAAGGGAUUCAGCUGUUACGUCAGGAGAGAAAGCAACAACCUCCAACACGACAGAGGGGCAGCUGGGAAAGAAAAAGUCCACCAAGCGAAAACUGGGCAUCCUCGAGAGUGCAGUGAGAGAAUUUGAGGGGUCAGAUGAGUCAGGGGAUGAGGAUGACGAUGAAACUCCAGACCUGGCUGAGAUUAUACAGCCCCAGCCUGCUGCCCGAGAGAAGAGCUCAGAGACCCAGCCUGAGAACCAACUACCUGAGGCCAGUGGUCCCUCAAUGAGUGGGUCGGUCCCAAAUGCACCUGCAACGAGUAUCCAUGUCCCGAAAGACCCUGCUAUCCCGUCCACUUCUACGGUUCCUCACCUGUUCCUGUUUGAGCGUGACUCCCAACAGGCGGAGGAAGAGGAGCCUUCCCAGCCCUUUACCCAACUCCAGCUCCAGGAGGCCAAGCAGCUGGUCCUCAGCCUGAUGAGGGAAUCCAAACUGGGGCUGGUCGCUGUCACCAAGGCACUCCUGAAAAACAGUGGAGAUGUCUCCGCUGCCCUGAGAGACCCACUGAUGAUGCCUAUUGUAGGGAACAGGGUCCGGCAGGGCCCUCGAUGGGAACGUCAUGACGACCGCCUGCUGCUGUCAGCUGAUCCUUCAGAACUCCAGAAAAAGUUUGGGGAAGAGGGAGUGGCCAAGAGGAUGGCUUUCCUCGAUGCAGAGUGACACUGGGGGGUUCAAUAGUAUGCGACGUUGUGAGACGGUUUGUUCUGAACAACACGUUUCUACCCCAAAAAAUGAUACGCACUGUUCUUCAACAUUCUUUGAGGUAUGAUUGCUCCCGUUUGGUCGGUGUGGCCUGAUCAAUAUGGGUUCGGCAUUACCGUUUUAAAUCGCAAGAUUUCAUGCAGCCAGCACACCAUAAACAAUCGCACUUCUGGGCUAACAAUAAUUACAAUGUUGUUUCCUACUGAACGCAUUCCUGUGUUGUAUUAACCAAAUAGAUAAAAACAGGAAGGACUACCUUAGCCCUUGAUCAUGACUGGCAUUUCUAUUCUAUUAUAAAAUAAGAGUCCUUGGACGAAGGCGUCUUCUGUACGGAAGAGUUUUGUUUAGAGUCCCGACGCUCGGUCUGAACAUUUAACACGCAUCGUUUGCGGUACGGUUUUGGAAGCAUAAGGACUUUAUCUUUCAUAUCAGCAAGAAGGCUAAAUUGAUACACACCUUUUGUAGGGUUAAGGUUCCCACAUGGCCGUAUUUCCAUGUUAUAGCACUAGUUUAGGGAAAACAUACGGAAGACAGAGUGCUAAUUAGUUAUGGAAGAUGACAAACAUGUCGUCACUGAAAAAUACUGUCUGCUGCAACUGUGUUGAAACAGUGUUAUUUUGUGUAUUUUGCAUUUGUGAAAUUAUUUUGAUGUGACAUGAAAGUAGAGAACUUUAUUUUUCUAGAACCGUACUGCAAUUGAGAAUCGAUUCAUGCUUAGUUGGAGUAUUUGUCUGUUUUGUCUUCCAGAGCCACUUCACCUCUAAACAGAACAUGUAAUGCCAUUGGACCAUAAGGAAUAACAUUGGGCUCCUUUAGUCUAUUGUUGGGCUAGGACUAUCUGAACUUGCCCAAUAAGAAUAAUAGUUAUCAAAGUGUUAUACAAUUUUAAAUCGUUGUCUUUCUUGACUCUGACAUGAAAUUUUUAUUUUUAUUGAUUGUGGAUCCUAAUAUGACUGUACAGUAUGUGCUUCAGGAAAUGCCUAGCCUUUGAUCUUUAUUCUGUUCCAUUACAUUGCACACUAAUCAUUGGAGAAGAGGCGUCUUCUGUAAUGGGGGGGUUUUGUUAAGUGCCCCCCCCCCGACACUCGGUCUGAACAUUAACACGCAUAGCUUGCGGUACGGUUUUGGAAGCAUAAGGACCUUACCUUUAAAAAAAAAAAAAAAAAGUUGAAUUGAUACACACUGUUAUAGGGUUAGGGUUCCCACAUUGCCAUAUUUCCAUGUUACAGAGCUUGUUUACGGAAGACAGAGUGGACUACUUGUGUUAAUUCAAUAUCUUCAUCGUCUGUGUGUAAACGAUGGACGCCACACACGUGUUGUCACUAUAAAAUAUGGCCGGAUGCAACUGUGUUAAAACAGUGUACUUUAAGUGUGUAUUUUGAAAUUGUGAAAUUAUUUUUGAUGUGAUGUGAAAGUAGUGGGAUUUAUUUUUCUAAAACCGUACCGCAAUUGAGAAUCGAUUCACGUUUAGAUGGAGUAUUUGGCUGUUUUGGUUUCCAGAGCCACUUCACCUUUAACAGAACCUGUAAGGUCCUUGGACUAAGGAGUAACAUUGGGCUCAUUAUAGUCAGUCCAUUAUUGGGCUAGGAAAUGCCAUGUCCCAUGUAAGAUAGUACAUUUUAACUUGUAAUAUUUUAACUUUUGUAAUGUGUCUGUUUGGAAUUCAAAAUGUCCUAUUUUUUUUGCAAUAUUAAACAUGCUACAUAUGUGAAAUAUACUGUAUGCAUAUGAUGAUUUGUGACAAUCUGCCAUUGUAAUAAAAUAACUGAUGUAA